AUGAUAGGUCCCAAACCAUAUGUUGAACUUGCAUCAAGUGUUGUUAACUCUGCCCUUGAGGAGUUGGUGUUCCUACUGCUGUCAGUUCUUGGCACCACUCAGUUUGCGAGAGCUCUCCUGCCGAGCUUCUCGCUGCCUGUUGGAGUGACCCUUACAGAUGGCGAGGAGUUCGAGUACAUAGUGGUGGGCGCGGGCGCGGCGGGCGCGCCGGUCGCCGCCCGGCUCGCGCUCGCCGGCGCCAGCGUGCUGCUCGUGGAGGCGGGCGGAGACCCGGACCCUAUAUCCUGGGUACCAGCUGCAUUUUUAGCGCUAGCGAACCCGGCCAUAAACUAUCAAUAUAAAACAAUUUCUAACAAUGUGUCGUGUCUGUCGUCACGGAACAGAGCAUGUCAGGCCCGCCGCGGCAAGGGUCUCGGCGGCACCACCAGCAUCAACUAUAUGAUGUACGUCCGCGGUAACCGACACGACUUCGACGAGCUGAACAUCACGGGAUGGUCCUGGAAACACAUGGAACCUUACUUUUUGCGUUACGAGGGCUUGCAAGAUUUGGAUCUUCUGCCCCCAUCUUCAAUACCAUAUCAUAAUACCACGGGUACUAUGAAGAUAGGAUUCUUCGAAGACUCUAAUAAUCCGUGGCAUUCGAAAAUCAUUGAUGGAUAUGAUGCUCUCAAUUUCCCUCGUAAUCCUGAUGUCAAUGGGGUAUCUCAAAUUGGAGUUUCUCGAAUUAUUGGAUAUACUUAUAGAAACGAGCGCAUGAGUACUGCACGAGGAUAUCUCGGAAGAGAUGAUGUGAAGAGAAAACUGAAAGUGGCCAAGUACACCAGGUGCACAGGAGUCAUCAUAGACGAUGACAAUGUAGCUCGUGGCAUUACGGUCGUUCAUGGACCUUCUAAUGCUACAUUACGACUCUAUGCGUCGCGGGAGGUUAUAUUGAGCGCGGGGGCUCUCGUCACUCCACAACUACUUAUGUUGUCAGGUAUCGGUCCUGCUGAUCAUUUAAAUGAAAUGGGUAUACCAGUUCGCGUAGAUCUGCCAGUAGGCAAUAAUAUGACAGAUCAAUCACUGGUGUCAAUGUUUGUUAAAGUGGAGGAACCGUUAAAUUUACCGAAAGAAAUUUUAAAUAGCUCUGAAACGGGUAUCUUGCUACCUCCAAGUGGUUCUAUCAGCCUCACUGAUGUAACUACUUUUGUAAACACAUUGUGUUAUGAUUUUGUUAAUCGACAACUCACGGGAAACAGUACGGAGUGUGAGUUGCCAACAACACAGUUCUAUCAUUUGUAUACAGGUAGAGGUUUGCCUAUAGUCGAAGGAGUCAUCUUCAGAUAUCUGGGAUUGAAUGACUCUGUAGUUAAUCAAUUAAGUGAGGUUAGUAAAAAUUAUGCUCUUAUAAGGAUGACGUCAGUACCAUUGCAGCCAAAGUCGAGCGGAACGGUGCGGUUGGCAAGCGUGGAUCCGCUUCAAGCACCUGUUAUUUUUCCUAAUUACCUGUCUGACGAUCGCGAUUUGGAAGAGAUGAUGCGCGGCAUUCGGAUUAUCGAGCAGUUGAUAGAGACGACGGUGUUCAAGGCAGCGGGUGCGUCGCUGGUGCGAUUGGUACUGAAGGACUGCCCUAGCGGCGGCCAGCAGCAGGAUUCAGACGAGUACUGGCGCUGUUAUGCGCGCCAUUUGACAUCCACUACGUUCCAUUCGGUGGGCACGAGCGCGCUGGGCCGCGUGCUGGACGCGCGGCUGCGCGUGCGCGGGGUGGCGCGCCUGCGCGUGGCCGAUGCGAGCGCACUGCCGCGGCUGCCGCGCGGCAACCCCGCCGCCGCCAUCAUAGCGUUCGGCGAGAGGCUCGCGGAUUUUCUUCUAGAGGAUAAUAUUAAUUGAUAGUGGUCACAUAAUCUAUUGAAAUGAUAAAAACAUACUAUAUUAUGUAACGUACAAGUAUUUAUGUUUUUAUAAUAAAAAAACAAAAGAGUUUCAGACAUUGGUUUUAAUAGUUUAAUUGAGCUUUAUGUAGAGUUUUAUUGUCCUUCUUGGUAGUACCUUCUUUUUCUUUGGAAGGAGAAUGUUUCUUAAAACACUAGAUUAGAAACAAAAUAACAAUAUAUUUUUCAAAAAUUCCAUUAAAAAAAAAAACUUAACGUAACUGAAAGGAUUUUGGGUGGAUGAUGCCGCUGUAAACAGCUAAUUAGAAUCGUUACUACUUCCUAAUUAAAAAUGUGCAAGUGAGAUUGUUAUUUAUAGGCAUUUUACAGUUAAUAUUUGUGUCGCGGACUUUUAUGUAACGUUGAAAGUAAUAAACAGUUUUGCUAUAGAUUUCAUUCCUUUAUUUCAAACCGUUCAGGCAACGCACGCCAUAUUUGCCGACUUUAAUUACAUUUAUUGCGAUUAAUUAUUGAAAAUAUUUAUUUACCAAUAUAAAAAAUAUUUUUUAGCAUACAGGGAUAAUAUACCUUUGGA